AUGGACAGGAGUCGUGUGAAGCAUAUCAAGCUGGCUAGGGUAACCAAGGUGCUGGUCAGGACCGGUUUGCAGGGACAGUGCACACAGACACGCGUGGAAUUUAUGGUUGACACCAGCAGCUCUAUCAUUCGAAACAUCAAAGGCCCUAUUCUGGAGGGUGAUGUGCUCACCCUGUUGGAAUCAGAAAGAGAGGCUCAGAGAUUACGAUGA